AUGAGCCUUAGUCAAGCCUUGCCUGGGGAGGCGAGCGCUAGUCGCCAGUCAGAGGCCUUCACUUCCGGCCGUGGAGAGUCAACUGCCGAACCAUUUCCUCGGCCGAGGGUUUCGGUAGUCUAUCCCAGCAAUCCUCGGGUGCCGAUGGGAGUUCCGAAGGAGCUCGUUUUCGGCGUAGAUUAUUUGGAGCCCAACAGGAUUACCGAGAGGGAGAUUGCGAAAUUCCGUGCCGAGUAUUUCAUACCAGAUUCGGUAGGGAUGAGGAUCCCAACGCCUACCGAAUCUCUAAGCGAGCCGAAGGAUGGCGAAGUCGUCUUUUUCAUGGACGUACUUCUGCAAGGAGUGAGGCUUCCUCUGCAGCCCGCCGUUCAGAGAAUCCUGGCGUAG